CCGGGACCAGGCUCAUCCCCACCCCGCAUGGGCCCCGCCUCGCGGCGGCGGGACCCUACAGCUCCUCCGGCCCUCGGCCCUGCGUGUCCCCAUGGCGCUCUUCGAGGAGGUGAGCGUGUCUGGGUUCGAGGAGUUCAACCGGGCUGUGGAGCAGCACCACGACAAGACUAUUUUCGCCUACUUUAGCGGUUCUAAGGACGCCGAAGGGAAGAGCUGGUGUCCCGACUGUGUGCAAGCUGAACCAGUCGUCCGAGAGGGGCUGAAACACGUUAGUGAAGGAUGUGUGUUCAUCUACUGCCAAGUAGGAGAAAAAUCUUAUUGGAAAGAUCCAAAUAAUGACUUCAGACAAAAACUGAAAAUAACUGCAGUGCCCACACUACUUAAGUAUGGAACACCUCAAAAAUUGGUGGAAUCUGAGUGUCUUCAGGCCGACCUUGUGGAGAUGUUGUUCUCUGAAGAUUAAGAGCUGAUGAUGUUGGUUUUGAUUUCCAAAAGAAAUUUCAUACUUGCUUUGAAUUCGUAACAAUAAAUGAAUGAUGGUGUUAAAAUCAGUGUAAGUCUAAACAAUAAAAAAUGUUAUUAAAAUACCCACGAACCUCCAUUUUGCUUGUAACGUAUGGAGAUCUUAAAGAUUUUUAGUAAGACUUCACCUGUGUUAGUAAAAGCUCAAAGAAAUAUAGUAUCAGAGGUGACAAAUCACUAAAAGCUCCCAAUAGUACAGUAGACAACUUCCAAAUCUCUGAAGGAAUUAGGAGCUUUUAUCUUAAAUUCCACAAAUUUGCAAAGCAACUUUCUUUGCCUUUAGAAUGUAGAACUUACAUUUCACUAAGGAAAAGAAUAGAACAUCUAAUGUAAUCUGCUUAAUUCACUUGGGAUGAGGCAGUGGGCAGAGAAGACCUAAUGACUAGAUAACCUAGUGGUGGGAGUAAGUCCUUCUGGAUUCUACUGCUUACUAACUGUGUAACCACAGGCAAGUUACUUAAGCUCCUUUACAAACAAGGAUUGUUCUGCAAAUAAAGUGGGAAUGCAAAGCCAGGCACUGGUGGCUCAAGUCUGUAAUUCUAGCUACUCAGGGCAAAUAGUUCCUGAGACC